AUGAGAAGAGUGUUUGUGCUAGAGCAAUCUGCUUGCAAGGAAAUUAUCCGCUUCAACUGCCCGGGGCAACUCGAACGGCCACACGCACACACGCAAAGGAGCUGUUCCACUCACGUCCCGAUCCCACCCUCACCCGCUUACUGUUCCCCGUUCCCGCUUCUCUUCCCUCUUCUCUCAUCCCUCGGCGGUGGCGGCGGCAGCGGUGAUAGUCAAUCAAUAGCUCUUAAGCGAACACACGCACACGCACACCUCUCCCUCCUACAAACACACGCGGAAAGACGCGACUCCUCAUCCUACUCGUUGAUUAAUUAUCGCCAUGGGAGUUUCUCUCCCGGCACGAGAAUAAGGAGCCUAAUUUGGCUCUGGCUUAAGGAAACACCACUGCUGCUGCCGCUUCUGCGCACGGAUCGGGCCAGGUCGACUAGGCACUUCCAGUCCGAGUUAAUGCACCUUCUGCAUCCUACGGAACGUCACCAUGGCCUGAUGGGCGCCAAGAUGGAGGGGAAGGGGCAAGGGGGCCGAAAACGGGGUAAAGUUGUUGAUGGGGCGGACGAGAAGGCGGCAGCCCGACUAGCGAAACCGUCCGCCCACUUGCACGCACGCACGCACGCACACGCGUGUGCCAACGACCACCCCGAAGGAGGCUUACCAACCUCCGCUAGGACCCAGUCCCUCCUCCUCCUCCUCCUCCUCCUCCUUUGCUAUACCCCGCUUCGUUCCCUCUAA